CGUACACACAUAAGCAGAAGUGGAAAUAUGGUGGAUGGGGUUUGUAUGAGUAAAAGAUAUAACCGAGUUCACUAAAAACGAGUUCAGGCUGGGCAACGACGUUUUACCGCGGAAAAGAAAACCUCGUCGAGUGAGGGAGAAGCUGCUGCAAGAGGGGAAACCCUGUAACACUGGAGCCAUCAUGGUGGGCGAGAGGCGUAAUGGGAACCUGCUGGUCCAGCUGGGUUCAAAACAACAGGCUUACCCAGAGGAGCUGAUUCGUCAGAGACGCACCCAUGAUGGUCAGACAGAAUACCUGAUCCGCUGGAGCCUGCAGGCUGUGGAUGAUGGCACAAGUUCAGGCAGCAGUGGUAAUGAGGGUAGCAGUAGUGGUCACUCGGGUGUGGGAAGCUCCAGCGGCUGCACUUCAGGCGAGAGUAAGACGGAGAACAUCCUUAUGUGGAUGUCCACAGAGGAUGUGUAUGCCAACUGCCCCACGCUGCUGGGUAAGCGGCCACUGCAGGAAGAGAAGGCAAGACCGAGUGGCCAGUUUCACUCAGACGUCACCUUUAACGAGGUGGACCUCUGUGACAUGAAAGAAGACGUCAAGAACCUAGUUGAUCGUGCGCGAAAGCAAAUGGCCAAGAACAACGAUUUUGCCAUCAGUCUCACGCACACCAUUCAUGUGCUGAGUGCCUACGCAAGCAUCGGCUCCUUGGUUGGAGUUUUUAAGGAGACCGGUGCACUAGAUCUACUCAUGGAGCUGUUGGGCAACAAAGAGCAGCAAACCCGCCGCAGUGCUGGCAAGAUGCUCCGCGCUUUGGCCUCCCAUGAUGCAGGAAGUCGUGCUUAUGUACUGCUGUCACUUAGCCAGCAAGAUGGAAUUGAGCAGCACAUGGACUUUGACAAUCGCUACACCCUGCUGGAGCUGUUUGCAGAAACCACCUCUUCAGAGGAGCAUGGCAUUUCUUUUGAAGGAAUCCACCUGCCACAGAUCCCAGGCAAACUUCUGUUCUCUCUGGUGAAACGCUACCUGUGUGUGACCUCGCUAAUGGACAAGCUCAACACCACAGGAGGAGAGAUAAGCUCGGAGCGACAGGAGUCCAGUCCCUCAUCGUCCUCCUCCUCGCCCUCAGCAGCUCAUCAGUCCGAGCAUUCGCGGCUGCAACGGGAGUUCGAGUUCACCAUGGCCAUGGCAAACCUCAUUUCCGAGCUAGUGCGAGUGAUGGGCUGGGACCGCAACCGCCAGCCACCUGCUCUUCUCUCAGCGGCUGCAGAAGGAAGGAAUGCAGAGACGCAGAGGCGUACUGUGCGCUCCAUCUUCCAACCCCGCUCCUCAGCUUCUCCCAUCAUAGCUGCCUCAGCGACAGUGAUGACACCUCCGGCCAAGAAGAAGACGAAUGGUUUUAAGAGCCGCACCGAUUUUGCGACACGUUCUGCCUAUGUGGAGUACAUCCAGGAUAACCUGAAGAGCGGCAUGCAUGUGCGCAUGCUGGAGGACUAUGAGGAGGUCAAUGCCGGUGAUGAGGGAGAGUUUCGUUACAGCAAUGAUGGAUCACCGCCCGUUCAGGUAUACUGGAACUCAAUCUCCAGAACCUACUGGGUGCAUUGGCAUAUGAUUGAGAUUCUGAGUAGUGGGAGCAGUGAACAGGCUGAGAAAGAAACUCAGGAAAAGGCUUCUUCUCUUACAGAGACACUGAAACUCACCGCAGUGAGUCAAAUGUUCUCUCUGAAACCACCUGGUGGGUUAUAUUCGCUACCAUAUUUAAUGGACGGCCCACAGGAUGAUGCAAACACCCUUACCCGCGCUGAGUGGUGGGAGGUGCUCUUCUUUAUUAAGAAGCUGGAACCAAAGCAACAACAGGAGGUCAACAACAUCCUUCAACAGAGCCUUGAUGAACAGAUGGUGGAGGUGGACGAUGCCACUCUAAUUCAGCUGUCAGUGUCUGGCGAGUUGGCCCGUAAGAUCUUGCACUACCUAAAAGAGACACUGCAGGCCUCCUGUCUGUGCGAUCUACUCUGUUCACAUGCUUUUACCAAAUACUACCUGCGACGUGGCAGAGCCAGCCUAAAAGACGAGGAGCUGUUCAACGAGAGCUCCCACAGUUCCUCUGGAUAUGGCAGUCAGGAAGCCUCGUCGUGUUCUACAGUGACACCUAAAGCUUCCACCUCUUCAGACUCAUCAAUGAUAAAUGGUUGUGCUUCUAAGAAAGCCAAAAAAGAAAUUCCUGCGGAAACUAACAUCUCUAGCAGUGACACGGAAAGUGAGCUACCAACGGAAGAUGAAACUAAGUAUCCUGAAGACCUGCAGGAAAAGAUGAAAGUGUUCAGUAACCCAAAGGUGCAAGGUAAGGAUACGUUUCUGGAUAAAAUCGGGGAGGUUGUGGACAUCAUGAAUAAGAGCAGCUCUGAUGCUGGCCUGCAGCUAGCUGGCAUGAAGUAUAUCUGUAAGCUCCUGGAUGAAGAGGGUCCACAGGAGCGGAGCACACUUCGAUCUGAUUCUGCUCAGAGUAAUCGGGACAAGGUCUUAAAAAUGCUGGUAGAGAUGAUUGGAAGCCAGACAAAGCAAAAUGCCAUUGUUGCACUGCGGCUUACGCGCAGCCUCAUGCUCACAUAUGAAUGGCGGGUUUCUUUCGCGACAGAGGGAGGAGUGAAGGCUAUUCUGUCCUGCAUGCAGGAGUAUUCCACUUGCACACGGGUGCAGCAAAUAGCAUUAACAACGUUAAAGGUCAUCACCGGUGCCAGUAAGCAUGACCUGCGCAGUGUGGGAAGCUGUUUGCCCCUCUCUGAAUCUGGUACUCAGAUGAUGCUAGAGAUCUUUGCCAGCAUUGGUUCAGCAACACCUGAAGGUUCAAAGGGGCUUCUUGGGGCUAUUCCCUCAGCUAUUGAUCUCAUGCUUAACACUCCUGGCUGUGGUCAAUAUGUACGAAAUGGACUGUUGGUCACAAUCAUGCUGAUCUCCAAUCACAAGAGCCUAGCAGAGCAACUGGUGGCCUGUGAAAUCACCACUGUACUUAACAAGUGCCUCUCUCCCCAGUGCCCAGAGACCAUGCUGGCUAUAAUUGGUCUUGGGCUCAUCACCAAUGUUCAUAAACUGGAAAAGAAAGAGUCUAAAGAGGAGCUUGGCUUCAAGCACAAAGAGCUGAAGAUGUUAGUUGUAGGUCUGAAGGAGAUGAGUACUACCAAAGAUGUUAUCCAGACCCUGGAACAACUGCUGUGUGAUGACAUUCCUGAACUGGAGGAGGAAAAGAAUGAGGUGAUGCACAGCUGUGACACCUUUCAGGAUCUGGUACGCCUAAUGGAUCAGCACAGAUUGGAUCGCGCUGUGCAAAUUUCUCUUCUCAGAAUCUUGAACAAAUUUUUGGACAGCUAUCAGGAGGAUUUGCUGCCAUUACAUGAGAGUAUUGAACCUUGCCUGUCCUCUAUGAUAGCCUGUAUUAAUGACAGAGAGGCAGUUCAGCAGUUUAUCCGUUAUCUUUAUCGACUGGCUUCUCUAAAUAAAGACUAUGCUGUAGUUAUGUGUCGUCUUGGCACUAAGGAGGCCCUUGUUAAAGCUUUGGAUAAGCACAGCACCAACCUGCUUCUGGUCACAGAGCUACGGGAUCUUAUUAAUGAUUGUGAAAAGUAUGCCAGCCUUUACAAGAAGAUGACCACCAGUGUGUUGGCUGGAUGCAUACAGAUGGUCCUGGGCCAAAUUGAGGAGCAUCGCCGCAACCAUCAACCCAUUAACAUCCCAUUCUUUGAUGUGUUCUUGCGCAACUUGUGCCAAGGUUCUAGUGUUGAACUGAAAGAGGAUAAAUGCUGGGAGAAGGUAGAGGUCUCCUCUAACCAUCAUCGAGCUAAUAAGUUAACUGACAAGAACCCAAAAACAUAUUGGGAAUCAAAUGGUUGCACAGGUUCUCAUUUUAUCAAUAUCUCCAUGCACAAGGGGGUUGUCAUUAGGCAGAUGGCAGUGCUGGUAGCCAGUGAAGACUCAAGUUACAUGCCGGCUCGUAUUGUAGUACUGGGAGGAGAUGAGUCCACCAACCUAAAUUCUGAGCUUAACACUGUUAAUGUGCCACCAUCUUCCAAUCGUGUUGUACUACUUGAAAACAUGACUCGCUUCUGGCCCAUCAUUCAGAUCAGGAUCAAGAGGUGCCAACAGGGUGGUAUUGAUACCAGAGUACAUGGCUUUGAAAUUCUGGGGCCUAAGCCUACCUUCUGGCCAGUAUUCAAGGAGCAACUGUGCUGCCGGACCUACCUUUUCUACACAACUAAGGCUCACACCUGGUGUCAAGAGAUCAUAAGGGACAGAAACCAACUGCUGCAGCUUUUUAAUAAGUUGAACAGUGCUUUGCGUCAUGAGCAGUUGUUUGCCGAUCGUUUCCUGCCUGAUGCUGAAGCUGCAGAAGCACUUGGCAACACCUGUUGGGAGGCCCUUAUCACACCUAUUGUAGAGAGCAUCACUAUUUCUGAGAACAAUGUACAGAGCCCUCUAGCCUGGCUGCUGAAUGAGUAUUUGGAAAAUUCCCAAUCCUUGAAAGGCUUUAAGAGCAAGUCUGCCGUUUUCAACUCCCGUGUACGUCGACUCUCCCACUUGCUUGUUCAUGUGGACACCAGCCGAUCAGAUACAGAAGAACUCAAGCCUCCUGUCAAGUCUAAAGGUAUCAACAGAAGCAAAGAUGUAAAAAAUGGUAAAGAGGGAAAGAACAAGGAGACGUCUGCAGUGACUUCUUCUUCCUCCUCAUCUAGUGCCAAGCCCAAAGUAAAGAACACCAGCAGCAUAGCUGGCAUUGCACUGUGCUGGCAGGGGAUUGUCCAACAACAAGUCAAGAAGUUUCUUGAUGCAACAUACACUCUGCCGGACUUUGUGGAGCGCUAUAAAAACAUGUACCUGCGUCUAAAGAAUGCCAUGGAGGAGCUUUUUGGCCAGCAGACUGCCUUUGUGCUGGCACUACGUCAGGGAUUUUCAGCUGCAUUGCUGCAGCUCUCCAUCCUUACAGCCAUGCAUGUGAGUGAAAGAUUUGCUCGGUACAUAGACCGCAUGAUCCAGGAGAGUGGAGUGGACUCUAGAAAUGUGGAGACCCUAAACAAGCUGCAGCAGUUCCUAGAACCCAUGCUUUUUCUUUCUGGACUGGAGUUGGCCAACACUUUCGAGCACUUCUACAGGUUCUAUCUGGGGGAUCGUCUGCUGAGCCAGGGCAAAGUGUGGCUGGAAAGUGCAGUGAUUGAGCAGAUUGGUACUUGUUUCCCAGAACGUUUUCCUCAGCAGAUGCUAAGUAACCUAAGUGAGUCUGAUGAGCUGCAGCAAGAAUUUCACCUUUAUCGGCUGCAGCAACUGGACAAACAACUGCAGGAUAUUAGUGAAGAGAUGAUGGAAGAGCAGCAGCCUGAGUCAGAGGAACAGAGUGAGGUAAAGGUGCUGGUUUUAUCACCUCGUUGUUGGGCCAUCUCUGCUCCCUGCAACCUUGAGAACCCCAGGAGAUAUUUCCCCCAGCAUCUCUGCAAUUACCUAAGUGACUUUACCAACUUCUAUUCCAACAGUCAAUACAUGUUCAGAUUAAGCAACAGUAAGCCUCGACGGCUGCAGUGGACUUGGCUUGGUCAUGCAGAAAUGCAUUAUGGCUCCUGCGUGCUCUUUGUUUCCACACUGCAGAUGUACAUCCUGCUUCAGUUUAAUGAAAAAGAGAAUGUAAGUGUGGAAGAUCUGCAGCAGGCAACUGGCCUGUCUUCAACUGUACUGACCGAUGCUCUAACACCUAUGACUUCAGAGAGGGGCGUUCUUACUCAUGUAGGUUUUAAUCAGGAUUCUGUACAGAGUGAGCACCUAACUGGGGUUCUAAAGUUAAAGCAAGAAUCACUGGCACAGAACAGUUACUACUGCUUGCUACCCAAGCAGACCUACCUGAAUGUGGAUGAGGAUGCAGCCAUUAUCCUGGAGAGAAAACGAAACUACCUGUAUUGCCUCAUCGUUCAGAUCAUGAAGAACGAGAAAGAGAUGCAUAUCGACAACCUAGUGUUCAAGGUUUUGGACACAUGUCAAAAGCAGGAGGCCGCUCGCACUUCCAGCUCGUUUCCCUUCAGCUGCAGCACCACAGAUGUGCUCUCCUGCAUAAUGCAAAUCAUUAACAAGGGCUACAUCCGCCGCAACGAGGACAAUCCCCACAUUGUAGAGUUUUUGCUGGAGGACCCCUCUACUCCUCAGAAAAGCCAGGCGCACUUCUUCAGCAGGCUGGGCCUGAGCAAGGGCUCAAACAGCAGCAGCAAGGCCGACACCAGCGUGAAAGGUCUUAUAGCCCCACAGCAGCCGGAGGAUGGGGUGUUUGAGACUGUUCUCUUCUCGAUGGGUCGCACUAUGGCCCAGGAGGAGGUGAAGCAGCUGAUGCAGCAUACCGUCCAGCAGGUAGCCGACACGCUUAGUCUGGAUGUGGACUGGGCCAAGCACCUGCUCAUGCACUGCAAGUGGAACAUAGACAUGUUGAUCCAGCGCUACACAGACGAUCCAGAUGCACUGGUCCUGGCUGCUGGCCUCAAGAUCCGCAAUCCUCAACCUCCUCCCAGUCCCAUGAGUCCUUGUCCAGUGUGUUUCAUGCCUCAGUCUGGGAAUAGCGAGUCCCAGCCUAAGAUGCUUAGCUGCAUGCACUACUGCUGCAAGUCAUGCUGGCAGAAGUACCUAACUGCAAGAAUUGAACAGAACCUAGUCAUGAACUGCAACUGUCCAAUCACUGACUGUCGUGCACAGCCCACUUCCAAGUUCUUCUACGAAGUCAUAACUGACAAGGAUACCCUUUCAAAGUAUGAGAACGCUCUCCUGCGUGGCUACGUGGAGUGCUGCUCCAACCUGACCUGGUGCACCAAUCCUCAGGGCUGUGACCAAAUUCUUUGCAAGGAAAAUAUUGGCAGCAUGGGCACCUGCUCCAAGUGCUACUGGUCCUCCUGCUUUAGCUGUAACUUUCCUGAGGCUCAUUAUCCAGCCAGCUGCAGUCACAUGUCUCAGUGGAUGGAUGACGGAGGCUUCUAUGAGGGAAUGAGCAUGGAGGCCCAGAGUAAACAUCUUGCCAAACUCAUCUCAAAGCGCUGCCCAAGCUGCCAGGCACAGAUCGAGAAAAAUGAGGGAUGCCUUCAUAUGACCUGUGCCAAAUGUAACCAUGGGUUUUGCUGGAGGUGUCUGAAGCCAUGGAAACCCACUCAUAAAGAUUAUUACAACUGUUCAGCCAUGGUGAGUAAAGCUGCAAGACAAGAAAAGAAGUUUCAGGACUAUAAUGAGAGAUGUACUUUUCAUAAUCAGGCCAAGGAUUUUGCCAUCAGUCUGGAAAAUAAGGUGUCUUCUAUCAAUGAAGCUUUGCAAAUGAAAUCUCUGACAUUCGUUAUUGACGCCUGCAAGAUUCUUGCUCAAGCACGCAAGGUGUUGGCCUACUCGUGUGUAUACAGCUAUUACAACCAGGAUACAGAGAAGAUGGACGUCAUGGAACAACAGACAGAAGCACUGGACCUUCACACCAAUGCCCUGCAGAUCUUGCUUGAAGAGACACUGCUGCAGUGCACAGACCUGGCAUCCUGUGUACGACUGCUGAAGCCAGAACAUCUUAACACUGGCCUGGAGCUUAUACGCCGUAUCCAGGAGCGCCUGGUGGCUAUCCUACAGCACUCCACUCAAGAUUUUCGGGUAGGAUAUCAGUCCAAACCUGGGCCAGGCCAUGAUUCUGCACAAGCAACAAACAUUGCCAACAACACCAAAACAAACAAAGAGUCCAAGUCAGACAGAGGCUCGGAGACUGGAGACUCUGACAACAACAAUAACUACACUGAAGAUGCAGGUGAUGAGGCAGAAGAGGAUGAUUACGAUGACGAUUACGUCCCUGAAUGGCAUGAGGACUACGAUGAAGAAGAAAUAGACGAGGACGAUUUCUUCUCUGAUGAUGAUGAAUCUGAGAACCUAGACAGGGGUUUUGGUCCUUUUGAUUAAGUAAACGACACAUAUACUGUGGUUAGAAAUAAAAUAAAUAAAACAUGUGUAGAUCAGUGCAUCAGUUUCAGUCCUGGAGGCUGCGGUUUGCUGCAGAGAUCAGUGUUCCUUUUUUAUUUAACAUGCGAAAUUGGCUGCUGAAUCGGGUGUGUAACAGAAACCCCAGGACUGAAGUUUGGAAACACUAGUCUACAUGAAAGUUAACAUUCUAUGUGUUGGAGGAUGAAUAAGCACUUAAAGUAAAAAGGAAAUCUUUCAUUUUUGUAUUUAAUCUUUUUUUGAUAUAUGUUAGCUCUGACUAUAUCAAACAGUUUUGGUUUUGCACCUUAGCUUGUGCUUUAUUGAGUAGAAAUGGUUAAUUCACUCAUGCUUAAUAAUUUUAUUUUACGCACACCUUCAGAGCACAUAAAGUAAUUAAAUGCAAAGGAUUAUCUUUGAGCAUUUAGGCAAAUACUGAUAAAGGACCACAGUGCUCUAUUGCUGCAAACAUGAGCAGAAUUGUAUUGAUUUGCAGUGAUAAAAAGUGGCUUAUUACCAAGUACUAAAAAACCUAUUUUCCAUUACAAACUCAACUUGAAUUUAUCCUAAUAAAAUUAAAACAUUUGCCUUGG